AUGGUUCGCGAGAUAGAAUCACUCAAUAAACAACUUCAACAAUCCAAGAGUGAAUCUCGUUAUCUGAAAGAAGGUGUCCUCCCGGAUCUGCAUAGAGAGAACAAGCGACUCGUGGAGGAAAACAAGAAGCUGUCCGGCCAACUUAAUGCCCUCAAAGGACGACCUUUUGAGGAUGGGAAGGCCUUGUCGAGGAGCGCGGUGUUGGAACAGGCUCCGAUGAUACCUCACACUAUCCGGUCCAAUUCCGCUUAUUGUGGGAUCCGUCGUAAGCUCGUUAUGGCUAUUGACGUUGGCACAACGUUCAGUUGCGUCUCGUAUAGUAUUCUCGAUCCAGGUGUAGUGCCAGUAAUCCAGAGCGUGACAAGAUAUCCUGGCCACCAGUCGAGUAGUGGCGGGUUGAAAAUUCCUUCCGUUCUUUACUACGACCAAGAGGGGAAGGUACGCGCCGUAGGCGCCGAGGCGCUACUCGAAGAUAUAUACGAGAGAGCAGAGGAUGGGAUGUGGACGAAAUGUGAAUGGUUCAAGCUCCACUUCCGUCCCCAGACACAUCCAAUGGAGCUUCCCCCUCUACCUUGGAACAAUUCAGUAGUCGAGGUUUUCGCGGACUAUUUCAAGUACCUUUUUACUUGCGCUUCCCAAUAUAUUCGAGAUACCCAUGCUAAUGGUCGGGAAUUGUGGUUGUCCGUCAAGGAUGAGAUCGAUUUUGUUCUGCCCCAUCCAAAUGGGUGGGACGUCACCCAACAAACGCAAAUGACAAAGGCUGCAAUUAUGGCUGGAAUUAUUCCUGAUACCCCCUCGGGACGUGCGAGAGUGUCAUUUGUAACUGAAGGAGAGGCGAGUUUGCAUUUUUCGAUGCAGAAUGGGCUUCCUACAGAUGCCUUGCCGGAGGGAGAUGGUGUGGUUAUUGUUGAUGCAGGUGGAGGGACGAUAGACUUCAGCACUUUUUCACGUUCGGCAAAUCAUGAUACUUUUGAAGAAAUCGCAGCGCCACAGUGUCAUUUCCAUGGCUCGGUUUUUGUUACCAUGCAUGCACGAAGUUUUCUGAAUGAACACCUUGCUGAUUCCAACUUCAUCGAUGACCUUGACCACAUUGUUCGCUGUUUUGACAAAUCUACAAAACUCCGGUUCCGGGAUUCAGCUGAGAAGCAGUAUGUCAAAUUCGGCAGCACAAGAGACAGCGAUCCCAGACUCGGCAUUCGGUUUGGACAACUACUUAUUCCAGGCUCAACCGUGUCCAAAUUUUUUGAGCCCUCCAUUGACUGUAUCAUUAACGCGAUUUUGGACGUUCGAAAGUCGGCUAACCGAAACAUAACUCAUGUCGUUCUCGUUGGAGGCUUUAGCGCAAGCGAUUGGCUUUUUGAUCAAGUCCGCAAGUCGCCACGACUAAGCGAUCUCCAUGUAAUAAGGCCUGACAGCCAUGUUAAUAAAGCGGUUUCGGAUGGAGCGAUCUCCUUUUACCUUGACCGGACCGUGCGUACGCGCAUCUCAAAGUUCACAUACGGAAUGUUUUGUCACAUUCCAUACGAUCCAACCAUACCAGAUCACCUGAAACGUGCCUUAGACGCGUUCAUGAGCAUCUCUGGAUCUAAAAGAAUUGGCGAUGCGUUCGAUAUCAUCUUGCCCAGAGAUACUCAAGUAAUGGAGAAUAAGGAAUUCAGACAAUCGUAUUUCCGGGAAUCGCAAACUAGGAAUGACUUCAAGGAUGUUACGAUCUCUGUCUGGCGUUACCAGGGUCCAUCAUCUGAGCCGCCAAUGUGGAGAGACGUGAAUACUGAUAAAUUCGUCAAGAUUUGGACGAUCAAGUUGGACCUCUCUGACAUAAAUCCAUUUCCUCUAUCCAGAAGUCAUGGGGAACAGGAGAGUUGCUAUCGAAUUGAUUACGACCUCGUUUUUCUCUUUGGGUGGACAAAUUUGAAAGUUCAACUCGCUUGGAAAGAAAAUGGAAUCGAGGAAAGGAGUGCCACCACAAUUAUUUACGAGGAUGCUUGA